AUGGCUUCUGCAACUAGCUUCUUCGACUUCAAGCCCAAAGACAAGCGCGGCACCGACUACCCGCUCUCCAAGCUCUCCGGAAAGGUCGUCCUGGUCGUCAACACCGCCUCCAAAUGCGGCUUCACACCGCAAUUCGCGGGGCUGGAGAAGCUGUACAAGGACCUGAAGGGCCAGUACGGCGACCAGUUCGAGAUCCUGGGGUUCCCGUGCAACCAGUUCGGCGGUCAGGAUCCCGGGAGCAAUGACCAGAUCCAGGAAUUUUGCCAGUUGAAUUACGGUGUUAGCUUUCCGGUGCUGGGGAAGAUUGAUGUCAACGGCGACAACGCAGACCCCGCUUUCGAAUGGCUCAAGAACGAGAAGCCCGGGCUCAUGGGACUGAAGCGUGUGAAGUGGAACUUUGAGAAGUUCCUUGUUGGCAAGGAUGGCAAGGUCAAGGGGCGAUGGGCGAGCACGAAGAAGCCGGAGGAUCUGAAGGCGGAUAUUGUUAACGAGCUUGAGGGAAAAUAG